UGUGGCGGUGUGGCAGACCGCGGACGGCGCGGGCGCGCGUUCCGCGAUGAGCGCCCGCCCUGUGCGACGUUUGCGAUACCUACACGGCUACUCCGCGAACCGCGCUCUCCGGUGAACCCUACACCACGUUUUGUUGACAAAGUCGUUUUAAAUCCGCGUGUGUUAAUCUAAAAAAAAAACGUGUUCGUUACGUUUUCUUGAUUGCGCCGAUAAGCCAACUCUUUGUCCAAUAUGUCGAACUAAUUACCUUCUAGUUGGCAAUGACUUGUCGUUUGGUAAUAAAAACUUAAUUUCCAAUGAUGUAUCAAUAAAGAAUGAACAUGUCUCAUUAUUAAUAACGAAUAAUAAUGAAGUUACGUUGUUCGGUGUAGUGCGUUAGGAGUGUUUUGUGUUUUUUUUUGUUUUUGUGAUCCACCAGUGCCAAGGUAAACCCGUCAAAAUGAUGCAAGGAUUGUUGGAUUCGCUCUACAAAAUCUAUUCAGAUUGGCGCGCUCCGAUGGCUGACGAAUCUGAGGCGGCGAGGGCGAGACGCGCGCCGGCGCCCCCGCCGCGGCAAACGGCGCGCCCGCCCGAACCCCGCCCCGACCAGGACCCGCCGUCCGUCCGCAUGCCGGCCCCCCCGCGGCUCAUCCGGCCGUCCGAACACCUCGCGAUAGUGGAGCGAUCGAGAGAGCGACGACCGCCGCCGCUCGUUCCUUCCGUGACCGUCGUGCACGGUCCGAGACCGUCGCUUCCGUCGGCUUUACCCCCGCAACCGGUAUACAGACACGUCACCCCGCCGCCAAUGAGGAUGCCUGCCCCGCCGCCAGUUUCCGCCCCUCCUGCGAUGAGGCCUCCACAACCUAGAAGAGAUAUACAGCCUCAGCCACCAGUCCACGCUCAGCCCCUGCCGUCUGCGGUGCCCGCGUCUACGUGUGCCGCGCCUCGGACCAUCGUCAUACAGCGUCCAGACGCAAGACACGGCUUCGGUUUUACAUUAAGACAUUUAGUCGUUUAUCCGCCGGAGUCGAUUCAAGACCUUUACGAAGAUGCGCGGCAUUUGGCCGUGGGCGCGGUGGGCGCUCCAAUGGACACAAUCUUCGUAAGAUCGGUCCGGCCGGGAGGACCAGCAGCGCUGGCAGGGCUCCGAGCCGGCGACCGGGUGCUAGCCGUCAACGGCGAGCCGGUCGCGUGUGGACGAUCACGAGCACCGUACGCGAGGGUCGUGCAACUAGCCCAGAGAGAACCAAGAAUACUGAGGCUCACCGUCGUACCAAGGGACCACGAUCUGCUGCAAAGGUAUUUCAGCGAAGCCGCGUACAAUCCUGAAACGAAUCAGCGACCUCUAGACAUGCCUGCCCCUGUGGCGGAACACGAGCGAUUGUUCGACGCUCACCGGAGACCUAGGGCUGCGCUCCCGGCUCCACAGGCGCCUCUUCGACACAGAGACGACCCUGAGUACGCGAGCGUGGCUUCCAUCGCACCGUCGCGGUUCGAUAUGGGACGGCUGAGCGCUCCGCACUACCUUAUGCAUGAUGGAAGACGAGAAUCGGAUACUUCGCUGCCAUCAUCGGCCACAGAAAGCAAAGACAGUCUCGGUUCGUUCGACUCGAAUUCGACUCUGACGGGCCGAGAAAUAGACGACUCGAUCAUCCUCUCGAGAAUACGAAAGAGCUUGGAGCAGAAGGAAGCUUUCCUGAGGCGACCCAGCCAGCCAAUCGGAUGGGUGACGCCUGACGUCCCCCCGUCUAUCAAACAGAAGGAGUUCUACGCGAGGCCGCAGAAGUUGCAGAAGCCUGCGUGGCCUCCCCCCGCAGCGUCGCCCCCCCUCGCCUCGUCUCCGCCUCCGCAGCCCGCACAGGAGCAAAAGAAAGAUGAAUGCGCGAGCGUGGACAGCGGAACCUUCAGCGGCUAUGGAGAAGUUAACGGUGCCGCCGACAAGACCAGACUAAAACAGGACAAAAGUCAGUUUGUGACAACCCUAUCGAAAAUACAUGAGCUGUUGCCGACCAACGGUCAGAAUGGCUUGACCAAUGGCUCUGCGAACGGCAAAGUUAACAUUAAGGAAGAACUCGAAAACAAUCAAGAUAACAAAUAUCCUGUACCAGAGUUGCAGCUUGUGACCGCCCGAACGAGGCAGCUCGAAGAAGCCCGCGGCGGCGGCGAGAGGAGAACGGAGGUAGCUAGAAGUGAAUUGGCCAGACUCUCCACCACCAGACUGGAACCGAGCGUCGCUCUGAGGCGUAAGGAGUUUGAGAAUAAAACAGCCAGGAGGGAGGCUCGGUCUCUCGAUGUGCAACCGCAACAAGAUAUAGAAACGGAAGCGACGAUCGGCGGAAGUUUGUCAGGGAACCAACUGAUGAUCACCGGCAGCAAACAUUUGCAUUGUCCCCCUCCGGAAGGAUUCGUGCCCGAAACAGAAAAGGUUCAAAUGCGAACAAGGUCUAAUAGCACCGGCAGUGAAGGAUUGCCUAUUAGAAGACAUCAUGCCACAGAUGGCAGUCACGCGAAGAGACGUAUGGGCCUGAACAGAGAACAAAUGGAGGCGAUGAAUCGAGUGUCGCUGCUGGGUCCGCAGAGGCCGACGCAGCUCAGCCUCGCGCCGCCGCCCGCCUCCGCCUCGCCCUCCCCCACGCCCAGCACGCCCGCCGACUCAGGUUUUGCCGAUGACUUAGUCACGAGAAGACAGAAGAAGGACGCUCAACUUGGCGAAGAAGAACGUGCGAUGCGGAGGGUGUCGUAUCUAAAAGCGACGUGGGGCGAUCGGUUGCACUUGGACAGUGACGUGGAGCCAGACGGCGACCACCACGCUCUACGGAGCCCCGAGAAGAAGUGUGAUGAAGAAACAGCGGAAAAUUCAGAGGAAGCCAUUGAGGGAGAUGUUGAAGGCAACGUGCAGGUCAAGAUGGUGGUCAGCAAUGGCAAGAGAGCGAGCGAUAGAUCGUGGAAGCAAGUAUGGGCAGUGCUACAGGGCACUAAGCUGUACCUGUAUCGUCACCAUCCAGCUCAGAGUCCCGGUGCUGUGACGGCUGCCAGCGCGGACUCUCAGCAGUCACGCGACGCUCUAGAUGUACGCUACUCUUUGGCAGCACUCGCCGACGACUACACGAAGCGUAAACAUGUCGUCAGAGUCACUACGGCAGCGGGCGCUGAGCUACUGUUACAGGCGGAAGGUGCGGCUGACGCUCAACGAUGGCUGGCCGCGUUGCGCAGACACUCUGCGGAGCCCCCUCCAGCGGAGACCACGCCUGCCCAGACCACCACUCCAGCACCUGCUUCAACAGUAGCCCCUGCCGACUCCCACUCGCCAUUACCACCGCAAAGAAGCAAGAAAAUCGGAAGGAAUAGGUCACCUACUGGCCCACCAACUCCUACCUUGCCGUCUUCGCCGAAGAACAAAACGUGGAAGGGUCGGGUGGCGAAGCAGCUGCGUCGCAUGCACGGCGGCAACACGACGAGCAGCCCCCCCGUGAACGUGACCGGCUGGCUCGGGGCGCCACUGGAGCGCUGCCCCUCGGACCCGGAGCACCCGCUGGUGCCGCGCGCUAUAACCUUACCGGCACAAGCUGUCGAGGCUUACGGUCUGCGCACGGUGGGAGUGUACCGCGUGCCGGGCAACGCGGCGGGCGUGGCGGCGCUGGCGGGCGCUCUGGAGCGUGGCGCGCCGCCCGCCGCCGGGGACCCGCGCUGGGCGGACGUGCACGUCGCCUCCAGCCUGCUCAAGGCUUACCUGCGACGACUACCCGAUCCUCUGCUCACUGCACACCUAUACCCUGCUUUCAUCGCCGCCGACCAGUCGCCGGACCGGGCCCGGGAACUGAAGCGGCUCGUGCACGCGCUGCCCGAAGCUCACUACGAAACGCUCAAGUACCUGAUCCAGCAUUUGCGUAAAGUGGUCGCGCAUUCGGAGGUCAACCUGAUGGACGCGCGGAACUUGGCCAUCAUGUUCGGCCCGACGCUCGUGCGCGCCGCCAGCGACGAUAUGCUCGCCAUGGUCAACGACAUGUCCAGUCAAUGUCGCAUCAUAGAGUCCUUCUUAACACAUUACGACUGGUAUUUCGAAGAAGAGGAAGGCGACCCCCCAAUGGAGCCGCCCCCCUCCGCCGACGAGCUGUCCCCCGCGCCCGCACCCUCCAGAGAUUUACUCAUACAUAAUGUUAAGAAAAUUGAAGGUAAAGAUGUAUCCACACGAGACAUAGUGUCGUCGAUAAUUUCGGCCGCCAAUCGCAAGAUUCAGCGCAAGCCGCGCACGAAGCCCGAGAAGAAGUGGCCCGAGCCGGACAAGAGGAGCGAGGUGUCCCCCGGCGGCUCCCCCCCGCCCUCGCCCCUCGCCUCCCCGCCGCCCCACCUCACUACCUCGCUCGCCGACUACGACGGCUUGCCGCACAACUGCACGGGACAACAAGAUAGAGUUAACAAAAUUGUGUUGGAGGCGAUGAGCACGGUGGGCCGCACUCGCCAGGAUCUCUCGCGACAUUCGCACGCCCUCACAAACAUAACUAUAGACGGAACCGGAGACUUGGUGACAUCUCUGACCAGCACGUUCGACCAGAAGCUGCGGACUUUGAACAACUCAUCGCCGCUGGAUGACGGCAGCAUUCCGUACGCAGACGAAGGACACGACGAGCCCGAGGGCGAGUCCUCGUCGGAGGGACCGCAGCCUCCCUCCCCCGCCUCCCCCGCGUCUCGCACUCCCGCGCACGAACUGAAGGCGGCCUGGCUCGCGCGCGACCAUCGGCACUCCUCCUCCUCGUCCGACGACACCGAGCCGCGCGUGUGGCCCGCGCCGUGCCGCGCCGCGCCCCGCCGCGCCGACCCCGCCGACCGUGACCCCGACGACUCCGAGAAGGAGAACUGCGCCGCGCCCGCCGACCGCGACAAGGACGUGGACACGCGGUCGCAGGCCUCCAGCGGCGGCACGCUGCCCGACAACGAUAAGUCCAUGGACCGAACGUACAAGCCGUACUCCACGCCGCGGCCGCCGCUCGACUGUGCCAAGCGGAACAGCGCCGCGCUGGACGCCCGCCCCGACCCCGGCCGCGACAACCAGGACGCCGACGGCGUCAAACUCAAACGCUCCGGGUCCCUAAACCGCGACUCCGAAAAGAACGAGGCUCGCGUACUGCGCUCCGAGAGCCUCAACUGCCGCAGCGAACGGCUUCAGCGCUCGGAGUCGCUCAACAAGGGCGAGCGGCUGACCAAAUUUGAGAAGGGCGAGUGGAACGUGGUGAAGAGGCGCGAGGGCGGCGCCUGGCGCUCGACCAAGCUGAAACGCAAGAACGGCAUGCCGGAGCGCGGCAUCAAGCGGCGGCACACCGUGGGCGGCACCAAGGACUUCGACAAGGACGGCUGGAGCGCGCGGCACACGCGCACCUCGUCGCCGGACCUCACGCUGCUGCCGCCGCACCCGCUCGAGUCGCACGUGUGACGUCACGCCGCCCCGACCUAACCGUUCAUCGCCACCGAUGCGACGUCGCGGAAUCUUCAUUUCGAGAGAGGCUAUUAUUUUGAUUCGAUUCAAUUGACUGAAUAGAUUAGGUCACAAUAUCUUUACGAUAUCUGCAUAAACAUAAUACUCAGUCGUGAAAUUUCGACGUUUCAUAUUUCGAUUCGACAUAUUCAAAACUAGGUCUAAUCAAAUCGUAAUAGACGGUGCAAAACGAAAAUCUUAUAUAAUGAGUACUUUAUCGGUGCAAUACAAAGACAAGACACGUAGUUAAAAUUAUUUUGAUUAUCAACAAUUAGUUGAAAUUUCUAAACGAACGUAGCUCACUAUACAAUGCCAAAGAAUGAUUAAUAAAACCGAGAUAUUUUUGAGGAUUUUGCAUGCGCGGAGGGAACGAAUCAGUGAUCGGAAUGCGAGGACUAGGAUGAUAACAACGUUUGACAUCAUAUCAAGAAAAUUUAAUCGCCGUAUUGUAGCGAUCAUCGAGACGGCGACACCACGAAUAUGGACACAAACGUAGUUCCACUCAGAGGCAGGUCGUGUUGGGAACGUUCCCGAAAUCGAACACAGGAGACAACGCCCGGACACAAAAUAAAAUACGGCAGUCGAAAAAUUAAAUUUCGCGACAUAACGUUUACAUUACUGGUUCAUCACAUCGCAUAUACGGUGCACUUAUGCAAUUUUCGUUUACACUGAACUGAGCAUGUGAAAAUAUAUUUUUUUAAUAGUUAUUAGUAUGACGAGAGAGAUUUUUGAUUUUACUGAUGAAGUUGUAGUUUAAAUAUUAUCAUUUUAUUUCUAUAGCCUAGCAAAACUAUAAGAAGCUGUUGAAUUUUCCAACGU